AUAUAGAUUUCCCGUGUUUCUUUUAUAUAUGGCUACAAUGAAGAGAGGUAGAGAAAGUGGAGAUAUUGAGACGAUGGCAAUGGCGAAUUGCUUGAUGUUGUUAUCAAAAGUUGGCCAAAUCGACCCAUCAAAGCAUAAUAACAUGCAUCAGAGUCGUGUAUUUGCAUGCAAGACAUGCGAUAAAAGGUUUUCGUCUUUUCAAGCACUUGGAGGCCAUCGUGCAAGCCACAAGAAGCCGAGGCUAACCGAGGAUAUGACUGUUUCAUCACCCAAGAAGCCUAAAACACACGAGUGUUCUAUUUGCGGGCUGGAAUUCCCUAUCGGUCAAGCUCUUGGAGGUCACAUGAGGAGACAUAGGGCUGCUUCCAAUGAAGGAUUGGUUAACCGACAUGAUUUAUUUUCAGAGAUGAAGAAACCCGACGGUGGUGCUGACGGUGGUUUGUGUCUUGAUCUGAAACUGGGGACUUGCGGAACUGAUUUGGAUUUCAAGUUGGAGAAGGUGGCGCCGCCGCCUACGCCGAUUGUUCAUUUGUUCAUAUAGGAUAUUCUUUUCUGU